GUUCACAGCUUGAGUGGCUGAGCCUUCAGACUUCAAAAAAACCCUAAGGCCCCUAACCCCCGCCGCGGCUCUCUGCCUCUCCUCAUAUCUGACCUCUCAGCUCUCACUCUCUCAAAUCUCAAUCCUCUCCGGCUCUCCUCUCCUGAGUCUCCUCCCCUAUCCUCUGGUGCGCUGCUACGUGCCGGACUUGCCCUGCGAGCCUGCGAACGAUCCCCAGCUCGAGUCGUCGUCUCCUCCAGGCUCCACGGACCACAGCCACAGGCAUCAGUCAUCCCCAGCUCCACAGACGACUUGACUCCACACCUCCAGCCUCCAGCUGCUCCACGGUAAGAUUAAGCUCCCUCAGGCCUCACGGAUCAAGCUCCUUCACGAUCCACAGACGCAGAGGACCAGAGGUGGAGCCGUGGAGGGCUUUUGUGGGGUUUAAGAAGAAAGUGUUGGGCGUAGGCCAUGGAGGCCUCUUUGUCCGCAUCAGCCUCAAGCCCUAGCGACUCUCAAAGCUCAGACAUCUCAUCCUCCUCUUAAAAUCUCAGCGAUUCUCAGAAAAUCCACUUUGCAUCCACCCGCGAGGAGCCUACACAUUCUUGGAAAACUGACAAUAUGUCUUCCUCAGUUUCAGAAAUCCAAAAUACAGCGACAGAAAUUGAAAUCCCUGAAACCAAAUCUCCAGAGAGUGAAGCACCAGCAGAAGCUUCUAGCCCUUUGAGCAAUAAGAGAAUUUCGGAGGAGUUCGGCCCAAAAGCUUCCGAUCAGUCAAAAAAGGGUUCCGACGGCGAAGGGAAAGAUAAUGAUGAUGAUGAAGAAGAAGAAGAAGGUGAAUGCGGGUUUUGCCUGUUCAUGAAGGGGGGUGGGUGCAGGGAGAGCUUCAUUGCUUGGGAGAAGUGCGUGGAAGAUGCGGAGAAGAACAAGGAAGAUAUUGUGGACAAGUGUUUUGAGGUGACUGGCUUGCUAAAGAAGUGCAUGGAACAACACUCUGAUUAUUACCAUCCCAUUCUUCAAGCAGAAAAAGUCGCCGAGGAGGAGGCCGUCAAGGAGUUGGAGCGAGAAAAGGCUUUGGAGCAGGGGGACGCUCCGGCUUCAACUGAUCGAGAAGUAGAAGCUGAAGCUGCUUUAAAGAGUUCGGGGAAGAAAGAGGCUUCGGUGGAUAAAAUGAGUGGUUAGAGGCUUCUUGAUUCAUUUUUGUCCUUAAUAGCGAUUCAUUUGCAUUGUUUGUUUGGAUAUGAGCGGCAAUGGCAGAAAUUUUUAGCUUUUAUUACGAUGUAAUCGGUGGAUCAAUAGAGCGAAAUAUAAAAGAUUUUAUGAUAUCAAAA